AUGACAGUUCUAGCUUUGAACUCAUUCCUGCGCAGUUGUUCUCCCUCAAUUCUAUUCCUAUCUGAAACUGGACUCAAUGAGAGAAAUAACAGAAGAAUAUUAAGCUCUUUAAAUUUCAGGCAUUUUGAUUUUAUAGCUGCAAAUGGCAGAAGUGGAGGCAUAGCAUUGUUGUGGCAAGAUAAUGUUGAUUUAUUUGUGCUCUCAAAAUCCCAAGAUCUUUUUCACUGCAAUAUUGGAUCAAUUCUAAAUAUCUCAAACUGGAAUAUUAUGUGUGUAUACGGCCCACCAUAUCACCCACAUAAAUAUGCAUUUUGGAGCAGAACUUCAACCCUAAUUGCUUUUAUCGAUGUUCCAUGGUGCAUGAUUGGAGACCUAAAUGUUCUUAUGCACUCAUCAGAAAAGCACGGAGGCUCUCCAGACACAGACAUUAGCUGCAAUGAAUUCAGAAAUUUUCUCAGAGAUAGAGAUGUUAUUGACCUUGGUUUUGUAGGCCCCGCAUUCACUUGGUCCAAUAACGCAGUUCAGUCAGGUCUAACCUUUGAAAGGAUAGAUAGAGCCAUUUGUAAUUCUAGAUGGAAACCACUCUUUCCGGAUGCAACUGUUCUUCACCUUCCUAGAAUACAGAACUUGAUAUGCUGGGAAAAAGUCUAUUGCAAUAGAGUAAGGAAUCUUUUUGGAAUGCAAAGAGAGAAAUUGAUAGUGAAAAAAAAACUGGUGGAUUUACAAGCCACUGCUCACUUGGCUGAUAUUCGAGAAGAGGAGAAAGCUAUCUGUCAGAAGAUAGCAAGUAUGGAAAUGCGAGAUAUGAUGUAUUGGCAACAAAGAAAUAAGUCGAAAUGGGUUCCAACAAUAGAAAAAAAUACACAGAUAUUACGUAUCUCUGUCUUGCAUAGGAGAAGUAAAAACAAAAUAUUUACUUUACAAACUGAUGAAGGUGACUGGAUUUCUGACUUUUAUAAAAUCAGAGAAAAUCUCAUCAACCAUUUUCAGAAAAUGUUCUCUAAAGACACGAAUGUAGUCAAGAAAAUGGGAUCUUUAAAGGCACCCGGACCUGAUGGUUAUCCUGCAUUAUUCUGA